UUCCUCCCCCGGGAUCCGUGCCGUCAGGUUUGGGGAUAGGACCAAGUUUUCCCAGCACAAGUGAGAAGGACACGGUCACCUCUCAUUUUCCAGGACAAGGGUCAUGGACGCAUCUUCUCCUGGAAGCCAGCAACUCACCUGCCCCUACCCUGUCCCACACCCCCCUUUCCAGGAAGGAAAGGUAAAACUCAAUUCUUGUCACUCCCUGGGGUUUGGGGGCAGAUGCAGGUGACCGCCUGGGCGUGGGGAGACACCUUCCCCUGAAUGAGAAACUGAGGCCUCAGGGGCUGAGCAGAGAACGAGAGGGGCUGGAUCUGGAUUGGUCCCAAGAAACAGAAUGCUUGUGGGCGUGCUCAGAGCGGGGGAUGGGGGGGCAUAUAAGUCCUCUUGUCCCAGAAGCAGACAAGAGGUGAGGGAGGGGUGUGAGUGACACCCAGGAAGACAGCAGAGGCUGAGGAGCUUAGGAGAGGCCGGAACAGCCCUGCAGAUAAGGCUCUGGGUUUUCUCUCCUUUGGGGCCAAAGCCAGAGAAAGCACAGCCAGUUGCAUAAUCCUUCUAUUUGCUCAGAUCUACAUUUUGUCCUGAAGCUCCCUGCCCUGGGAGGUGAUUGAGAAAGGCACCCAGCAAGGACUGGGCAGGGCAGGGAGUCAGCAGGCGAGCAAAGGAGCGUGCUGGGUCUUCAGCCUUUUUUCCACCGCUGCCAUCCAGGAGGAUGGAGGCCCUCAAUGAGUCUGCCCAGUUCAACUUCUCCCUGCCGCACAACUUUGGCAAGCGGCCCACCGACUGGGCGCUGAGCGUCAUCCUGGUGAUCAUACUGUUAACCGUCAUGCUCUCACUGGGCUGCACCAUGGAGUUCAGCAAGAUCAAGGUGCACUUCUGGAAGCCUAAGGGGCUGGCCAUCGCCCUGGUGGCGCAGUACGGCAUCAUGCCCCUCACUGCCUUUGCACUGGGCAAGGUCUUCCAGCUGAACAACAUCGAGGCACUGGCCAUCCUGAUCUGUGGCUGCUCGCCGGGGGGGAACCUCUCCAACGUCUUCACUCUGGCCAUAAAAGGAGACAUGAACCUCAGCAUCGUGAUGACCACCUGCUCUACCUUCCUUGCCCUGGGCAUGAUGCCCCUCCUCCUGUACAUUUACAGCAGGGGCAUCUACGAUGGGACCCUGAAGGACAAGGUGCCCUAUGGCAGCAUCAUGAUAUCACUGUUCCUGACUCUCAUUCCUUGCACCAUAGGCAUCAUCCUCAAAUCCAAACGGCCACAAUACGUACGUUAUGUCACCAAGGGAGGGAUGAUCCUCCUGCUUUUGUGCAGCGUGGCUGUCAUAGUGCUCUCUGUCCUCAAUGUGGGCAAGAGCAUUUUGUUUGUCAUGGCACCACACUUGCUGGCCACCUCCUCCCUGAUGCCUUUCAUCGGCUUCCUGCUAGGCUACGUUCUCUCUGCUCUGUUCUGCCUCAACAGACGGUGCAGACGCACUGUCAGCAUGGAGACUGGAUGCCAAAAUAUUCAACUCUGCUCCACCAUCCUCAACGUGACCUUCCCCCCUGAAGUCAUUGGACCACUUUUCUUCUUUCCUCUCCUCUAUGUGAUUUUCCAGCUUGGAGAAGGGCUCCUCCUCAUUGCCAUCUUUCGGUGCUAUGAGAAAAUCAAGCCUUCCAAGCAUAAAACAAAAAUUAUCUACAAAGCUGACGCAACUGAAGAAGCCAUUCCAACAGCUCUGGGAAAUGGCACCCACAAAGGGGAGGCAUGCCCCCCUUGCACAGCCUAGCCUUCUCCAGUGACCUGGAUUCUGGUCAGAAGGCAAUUCAGAAAGCCAACAUGGCAAACUACACAGAGAGCAGAAAGAUGAAACACCACCAGUGGGGUCUGAGUCUUUCUCU